CUCCCAAGCUGCCCUUUCCUUUUUAGCCAAUGAUUACCCCUUCUUUCUUUCUUUCUUUCCUUCUUUCUUUCUUAUGCUACUGCCACUGCAAAGAACUUUCUCUUCCACGCAAAAUCAACAACAACAUCGGGAUUCAUGUUUUUCUGGUUUCGAUUUUUAUCAACGUUCCUGAUUUGAUUUCGUCGAUAACUUUUUAGGCCUCACUCUCCAACGCUAGCUUGAGGGGCUUUUCCGUCAUUCUUUCUCCUCUCUCCUCUCUGCUUCCCUCGUCACGUCAAUGAUGUUGCUAGACACAUGACUUUCCCUUAAUUUUAGAAUAAAGCAAUCUCUAAUUUUUUCUAAAAGCCAGCUGAGUUGAGCUAAGCCAUCGAAGCCUUUCAGCCUUAGCCACAAAUUGUGGUCAAAACUCAAAACAACUUUUUUUUUUUUUUGCCCUUUUUGCUCAUCCUAGAUGAGAUUCCCUUAAACAAAGCACAAUUAUUAUCCUUUUGUUUUCACAUUUUAUUUUCCACUUCAGAAUUCAAAAAUAAAAAGAUAAAGACAACAAAAAAAACGAAAAAAAAAACAAGAAAGAGAGUACAGAUGGAUCUGGUCUGUAAGAAGAGAAAUCAUUAAUAAGCACUUCAUUUCCGCUUUUCGUCUCUUUGUUUCUGGUUAACCUGGACACUUUGGUGGGACUCCUUGCUGUUUUCUCAUAUGGAGAAUGUAAAAGCAGAGGAGAUACAUCAUUCAGAAUCUUCUUUAUCUUAUAUAGAUACUGACCAUAAUUCUCGUGAAGUUCCAACAAUUUCCAUUACAAAUGGAACAAAACAACCUGACAGUCAUUUGUCAGUAAUGGAAAGUUCCAAACCAGCCUUUUUACAAAAUGCUUCUGAUGACCCAAUUAGAGGACAAUACCAUAUAACAGAUACUGCAACUUCAACUUCAUCUGUUGUCAUUGAUCAAACUGAGACAGAUCAUCAGGGUAGACUGAUGGAAGGUUCUAGGACUGGGGGAAUACAUGACAGUUCUGAUGAACAGCUAUCUCAAAAUACUGGUUCUGUUGGUAUUUCACAUAUUCAUACUGAGGACAUGAUUGUUCCUCCUGCUUCUAACCCAAAGGUUGGAGAUCCUGAUGACCAUGCACGACCACUCAGUGAGCGUUCUUUACCCCCUAUAGAUGUCACCAGGGUUUCUGUUGGAUCUAUACAUGGUGUUUCUGAUGUUCAGCAAUCUCAAGAAGCCGGUUCUACUGUCAGUUCUUCUGUUGUCGAUGGUGACAAUGACAUGAUUUUGCCUUCUGCUUCCUCCCAUGAAGUGAAAUCAGGUGACCUUACCUUGCCCCUUCCUAAAGUUGGCAUCAUUGCUGUUGGAUCCAUUCAAGAUACUUCAUCCUCUCCCAAGGUCAUUGACUCUAAGGCAGGAGUUGCUAAAAAUGGGAAUCAUGUAGCCCAAAUCAAUGAUCUUAUUCUGCCUCGUCAAAAGAUUAUCAGUUCUACCGUUGAUUCCCCAAAAUCUGUUAGUCCUACACAGACAGAGAAAGUUGAUUUAAAUAGAGGUCUUAUUGAUACGGCUGCACCUUUCGAAUCUGUUAAAGAAGCUGUUUCCUUGUUUGGAGGAAUUGUUGAUUGGAAAGCUCAUAAAAUGCAAACUGUGGAGAGACGCAAGCUUGUGGAACAAGAGCUUAAGAAAGUUCAGGAGGAAAUGCCUGAAUAUAAGAAACGGUCAGAGGAUGCUGAAGAGGCAAAAAUGCAAGUAUUAAAGGAGCUGGACAGCACAAAGAGACUUAUAGAAGAACUAAAGCUAAGCCUGGAGAGAGCACAAACUGAAGAGAAUCAGGCAAAACAAGACUCUGAACUUGCCAAGCUCAGGGUGGAGGAGAUGGAACAAGGGAUUGCUGAUGAGGCUAGUGUUGCAGCAAAGGCACAGCUUGAGGUUGCUAAAGCCAGGCACGCAGCUGCAGUUUCAGAGCUGAAAUCUGUUAAAGAAGAGUUGGAAGCAUUACGAAAGGAAUACACUUCUUUGAUGACUGAGCGAGAUGUAGCUGUUAAGAAAGCAGAAGAGGCUGCUUCUGCUUCGAAAGAGGUUGAGAAGACUGUGGAAGAUUUGACUAUUGAGCUGAUUGCCACAAAGGAGUCCUUAGAGUCUGCACAUGCUGCCCAUUUGGAGGCAGAAGAGAAAAAGAUUGGAGCAGCCAUGGCCCGAGACCAAGAUACUCACCAUUGGGAAAAGGAACUAAAACAGGCUGAAGAGGAGCUCCAGAAACUCAAUCAGCAAAUCCAUUCAGCAAAGGAUCUGAAAUCAAAGCUAGACACUGCUUCUGCCCUGCUAUUUGAUUUGAAAGCUGAAUUAGCCGCUUAUAUGGAAUCUAAACUUAAGGAGGGAAAUAAUGGACAUUCCAUUGAUGAGUCACAGACGUCAAGGAAAAGAACUCACACUGAUAUUCAAGCUGCGAUUGCUUCAGCAAAGAAGGAACUUGAAGAAGUGAAGCUCGAUAUAGAAAAAGCAACUGCAGAAGUGGAUUGUCUGAAGGUGGCUGCUAUUUCAUUAAAAUCAGAGCUUGAAAAGGAAAACUCUGCUCUUGCCACCAUUAAGCAGAGAGAAGGCAUGGCAUCGAUUGCUGUUGCUUCUCUGGAAGCUGAGCUGGACAAUACUCGGUCAGAAAUAGCUGUAGUCCAAAUGAAGGAAAAAGAGGCCAGAGAGAAAAUGGUGGAGCUGCCCAAACAACUGCAGCAGGCAGCAAAAGAGGCUGAUGAGGCCAAGUCACUUGCUCAAUUGGCUCGUGAAGAGCUGCGCAAAGCAAAGGAAGAGGCAGAGCAAGCAAAGGCUGGAGCAAGUACCAUGGAGAGUAGAUUACUUGCAGCUCAAAAGGAGAUAGAGGCGACCAAGGCUUCAGAGAAGUUAGCUUUAGCUGCUAUCAAAGCGUUGCAAGAGAGUGAAUCAGCUCAAAGCACCGAUGAUGUGGAUUCACCAGCUGGUGUAACGCUUUCCUUAGGGGAGUACUAUGACCUCAGUAAACGUGCACAUGAGGCAGAGGAACAGGCCAACAUGAGGGUGGCAGCUGCCAUUUCUCAAAUUGAGGUAGCUAAGCAAUCCGAGUCAAGAAGCUUGGAAAAACUGGAAGAAGUAAAUCGAGAGAUGGCUGAAAGAAAGGAAGCACUAAAAAUUGCUAUGGAGAAGGCUGAGAAGGCCAAGGAAGGGAAAUUAGGUGUAGAACAGGAAUUGAGAAAGUGGAGAGCUGAACAUGAGCAGCGGCGAAAGGCUACUGAAUUGAAUCAUGGAGGAAACCCUCCAGGAGAAAGUAUCGAGGGAAAGAAAGAAACGAUGAACUUUGAACCUGUACCCGCUGCUCCUGCUGCCUCUGUAGCAAGCCCGAAGGCAAAUGUCGAUGUGAAUAACAAAGAAACUGAAUCAUCCCCGGAACCAAAGGUUGUAAAGAAAAAGAAAAAGUCACUGUUCCCAAAGAUUUUCAUGUUUUUGUCCAGAAAGAAAUCAAAUUCAUCCAAGCCCGCGUAAGUAAGUAGUCAAUGAAGUGCUGUGUUAUCUUUGCUGUUGUGAAUUUACCUUCCUUUUAUCUGGGUUGUCACAGCUGCCAUAAAUGUUCGAUAAGUUUCGACAGAUUUUUACUCGACUGUAAAUUCUAGUGAUUAUUUGAUGUAUGAUAAAUUUGAGAAUAUAUUGUUGCUUACUGUAUCAUGUAUGGCUGGAGGAUCCGGAGGAAGUAAUAAAGAUUGUUCUGUCUGUAUAGGCUGAGACGCUUGGACCAACUCUUGUAGAAGUGAUGUAAGUUUGUUAUGAAUGAAAGAAUCUGGUUUUCUUAAGUUUGCGUUAUUCAUAUUAUAUUU